AUUUAUGGGAUUUAUUGUUGUUAUAGACUCUUUUUUUUUUGUAAAAAAUUUACUGUUAGUAAGGGAGGAAUUAUUCACCAUUACUCUGGUUUGAGUUUUUUCAACCUUAGGCAGCAAUCGGCUACUCCACCAAAUUAUCUCAUUCCAGUUCCAUUCCUCCCAGCACGAUCCGCGCUGCUUCGUGAAAAAAUUUCUGAUCAAUUCGAUUCAGGUAGAAAGAGAAAAUGGCAGAACAAAAGAAGCAGGUGGAUUUGACCAAGGUCAACCAGCUUCGCCCUUCGAAUUUCGGGCUUAGCCUAAAAGUUAAGGUUGUGAGUUCAAAGCUGAUUGGCCAAAGCGGCAGGGCACAGGGCCGUGUUGCUGAAUGUUUGGUGGGAGAUGAGACUGGAAUUGUUGUCUUCACGGCUAGAAAUGAUCAAGUGGACAUAAUGAGAGAGGGUACUACCGUGCUGCUCACAAAUGCCAGAGUCGACCUUUUCAAGGGAUCAAUGAGGCUUGCACUUGAUCGUUAUGGCCGUGUUGAAGUCACGACAGAUGCAGACUUUUCUGUGCAGACAGAUAAUAAUUUAUCGUUGAUCGAAUUCGAACGCAUAUUUGUCAUGGUGUGAGGUAAGCGGUGGCAAAGGCCGGCCUUUCCGUCUUGUGUGAGUUGUCUAAUUAUUGUUUACUACUACAAGUUUUGAACUACAACUUAUAAAAUUUGUGUUCUGUAACUUCUUUAAAAUUAUUAUUUUUUAGUCAGAAAAAAUAAGCAGCAGUCUUGUUUGAUUAUUGAAUGGUUUUUCUUUUCUUAAGUCACAUUAUGAGAUUACAAAUUUGUACCGCGAUAUCAGUUUCUUUUCAUACGUCAGAAGUGUAUACUCUAUUAUUUCUUUUUUUUUUAAAUGGGGCCUGGUGGACCUUGAGCGUUGAAAAAGUGAAAAAAAUUUGAUUGACAUUU